UUUGCCAUCUCCUAGAAAUUUGUGAAAAAAUAAAUUCUAGUGAAUUGUGGAAAAAUAUCGGCGUAAAACGGACGCCAGGUGGUUUUAAAAGAUGGCUGAUAUCUGCGAUAUCAAGGACAAACCCAACGGGGAUAAGGACUUGCCUCCUCCUCCCCCAUCCCGCCCUCAGACUGAUGUAUGUGACAAGGACCUCCCUCCUGACUGGAGGUAUGCAAGGGAUGCCGCUGGUGAUGUUUAUUACUACAACACUAUCACAAAGAAAACCCAGUGGCACCCACCGACCUGGCCCGGGUCGGGCAAAGUUUCUCCUGUAGACAACAUGGACAAGGUAAAAGAAAAGGAUGUCGCCGGGUCAGCCUCUGCAACGGAGUCGCCUACCGUUGAUGAAAGUAGCCCUGAGCCUGGUAUACUGUCGGUCCAAGUAUUGUCUGUAGGCUCAGUGGUGUGUACGCUUGGUGAAAAGCAUUUGACAGACGAUCCUGUGCCCAUGGAGCUCAUUCUCAAUGAGUUAGUGUCUUCGAAAGCAUUGACAUCUGGUGGUGUCCCUCUCAUGGAAUCAGGGCAUGGUGAGUCUCCCGUGCAGGACAGUGAGAAGAAUCAACCUAAAUGUACGAGUGAUGAGCUGCCUGUUCCAAAAGAUUGUGAAGUGCCUUUCCAAGGAGGCAACCAUGAUGGAAGUGAGGUAUCUUUCCAAGAAGACAAUAGUGAGUUAUCGUUCCGAGGAGACGAUAGUAAGGUACCUUCUCAGGAAGAUAACGAGUCGUCGUCGAAUGAAAAACCCCGCGUCAGUAGUCAGGAGUAUAGAGGAGGAACAUUUAACUGUGCAGGCUGUGGGGAAGUUUUCUCGAGCGAAAGUGAAGUGAACGGCCAUGUCUGUAGACCCAAGAAAAAAACAGAAGGCCUCUUCCAAUGUGAAAUCUGUCAUAAAAUUUAUCGCUGGAAAAAGGAUUUGAAAUUACAUGAAGCCAGUGCCCUGAAAGAAGGGCGGUUGGUUUGUUCUGUGUGCAAUCAGGCAUUCUGCACACGGCGUGAUUUGACUCGCCACGAGCGUAUUCAUGCUGAUAAGAUGAAGCCGGGCGACCAUAAAUGUGAAAAUUGUGGAAAGGUUUACCGAUGGAAAAAGGACUUGGUAAUACAUAUGACGACUGCGCGUAGUCAAGAUCCAGUUGCAUGUUCUGUGUGUGACAAGCCAUUCUGCACAAAGAAUGAUUUGGCAAAACACUUUCGUGGACAUGUACUGCCUGAAAAAUUGGCUGCAUCUGCAUCAACUUCUAUAACUGCGCCAUUGAAAAUUCGAAGAAUUACACCGAGACCAGUGAUGAUUACGCGUGCGGGGUCUGCAUCUUCUGCUGCUGUCGCUAUGACGCCUGCCAUGCUCACCUCAGCUGGGCACGUCGAGGGGCCUGCCCAGGAAUCUGGUGAAGAAGACGCCAUGGAGGUGACACUGAACUGUUCUCAGUGCGAUAAAGUGUUCUCCAGUGACAGUGAACUGACUGCACAUGUCCGUUCUCGUCAUAAGAAAAAGACAGAGGGUCCAAACCAAUGUCAGACGUGUGGAAAAAUUUACAGAUGGAAGAAGGACUUGAUGAUACAUAUUUCUAAUAGUGAAGCACCUUUGAAAUGUUCCUUUUGUGAUAAGUCAUUCUGUAUGAAGGUGGACUUAGAUCGGCACCUUCCCCGACAGCAUCCAGAGGUGACCCCUUUCAAGUGUACCACCUGUGACAAAGCGUUUUCUCGCAGGUACGCCUUGAAUAACCACGUCCGUACAGGAUGUGGCAAAAAUAAAACAUUCAAGUGCUCAGAAUGUGGUAAAGCAUUCCUUUCCCAGCGCUUAUUGGAUGUGCACGCUUACAGACACCGUGGUGAAAAACCGUACAAGUGUUCCUUUUGCGAGAAAGUGUUUGGCACGAGAGCACACGUGAAUAUGCAUGAGCGAAUUCACACCGGUGAAAAGCCAUACCAGUGUGCAACAUGUGGAAAGUGCUUUACGAGUAAUGGCGAGUUGAAGUUACACACACGUGUUCACACUGGUGAAAAACCAUACGUUUGCACCUACUGUCCAAAGGCAUUUAGCGGCAAUUCCAGAUUGCAUCUACACAUACGUAGCAUCCACACACACGAGAAAAAUUAUUUGUGUUCUUUUUGUGCGAAAGCAUUCGUUUCGAGCGCCCAAAUGAAAAAACACAUGCGUGUUCACACUGGGGAAAAGCCAUAUAAAUGUUCUCAUUGCGACAAGUGGUUUUCGCAGCAGUCCGCGCGGAAAACGCAUGAAUAUAUCCACACUGGGGAAAGGCCGUUUGUUUGUCCUCGGUGCAAAAAAUCAUGGACACAAAAGGGGAUGUUGACUUCGCACCUACGUACCUGUAAUAGUACUUUUGAGAAAGAUACAUGUAAAAAGGUAUUCAGCCCACUGCUGUCUACUUUUCAGGAUGAUGAACAUACUGUGUAGAAGCUAUUUAACCGGCGAGUUGAAGAUACAUACUUGGUUCACACAGGUGAAAAACUGCAUGUUUCCCAUGACUCACUUGCUUUGCCUAAAAGGUUUGCAGACAAAUGCAGAAACGUAGUUGACUUAAAAAAACAAUAUGGACACCCAAGACUGUAAUUGUACACAAUGACGUGAACUGUUUUACCUUUUUCGAAAUGUGCUUGACUUGCUUGACCAUUUUUAAAUUAUUGGUAUUUAUUAGGGUGUUGACUAGAAUGUUGUUAUCAUUGAUGUUAUUAUUACCAAUUUGUAUAUAUACCAGUAAUUCAUCAUUUCAAUUCAGGUAUUUAUUUGGGUAUUUAUGAUGUAGACUUUUCAAAUGUACCAUUUUUUGCAGUUGUGCAUCUAUUUCGACUUAAAAUGAUGAGCCAUUCUUAUAGAGGCAUUUUAGAAAUGUUUUACAUACAAGGGAUUAGGUUGUUUUUAACUAACUCUGCAUAUAUACCUGUAUGAACAUGCGUCUCUAUCAGUGUUUUCUUAUCAUUGUCAGGUGAUAUGUUUGCACAAAUUAUGUAUUAAUGGCAUAAAAAUGUAGAGCAUGAUAUUUCGUCCACGGUAAGAGAAAGUAAUCAAAACUGGCCUUGCUUACUUGUAAAAUGCAUGUACAGUUUACUGUAUGUUAGUUAAAGUGACAUUAAAAGGUUCAAUUCGUUCA